AUUUCUGUUUUUUUAACCAACCUUACCAAUUAAUCUACCUGGUCGCCUGUAUUUUCACUUCUCUGUCAUGUAUUCUCCCCUUCUUCGCAAAAAUUACCAACAUUUCAAGAGUUUAAUCAAAGGCAAUUCAUGUACAGUGAUAUUCCGCAAACUCAGCUCACAGGAACCGUCUCAAGUAUAUGAUCUCGUUGUUGUUGGAGGAGGUUCUGGUGGAUUGUCAUGUGCCAAGGCAGCUGCUGGUUUGGGGAAGAAGGUUGCUGUACUUGACUCUGUGAGACCUUCACCUCAAGGUACCAAAUGGGGACUGGGAGGAACUUGUGUUAAUGUUGGCUGUAUCCCUAAAAAGCUCAUGCACCAGGCUGCCUUGUUCGGACAGUCUAUCAAAGAUGCUCGUAGAUUCGGAUGGAAUAUUCCAGAAGUGAACUUCUCUUGGGAAGAAAUGGCUGUUGGAGUACAGGGUUAUGUGCGCUCAUUAAACUGGAACCACAGAGUACAGCUGAAAGACAAAAAUGUGGAUUAUUUCAAUGCCAAAGGUUCGUUUGUAGACGACAACACCCUGGAAGCUGUUGAUGUGAAAGGUCAGAAACAAAUACUCAAAUCGAACAAGUUUGUCAUUGCAGUCGGAGGACGGCCCCACUUCCCUGACGUACCUGGUGUUGUUGAGCAUGCUAUCUCAAGUGAUGAUGUGUUUUGGCUGAAAAAUUCUCCUGGGAAGACGUUGGUAGUCGGAGCUAGCUAUGUUGCCCUCGAGUGUGCUGGUUUCCUUACAGGUGUCGGACUCGAUACAACUGUGAUGAUUCGUUCAAUGCCUCUGCGAGCAUUUGACCAGGAAAUGGCUCUGCUGGUGUGUAACCACAUGGAGAAACAUGGCACCAAGUUCCUGCGCAAGUGUCACCCUUUACAGAUAGACCGACUGAAUGGUCCCAGCGGUCCAUUGGCGGUGAAAUAUCGGAACAACCAGGGCAAAGAAUACUCUGAUACUUAUGAUACAGUUCUCAUGGCAACAGGGCGUCAGCCAGAAACACAAACUCUUCAACUGCAGAAUACUUCUGUCCAAGUGGAUCGGUCAUCUGGUAAAAUACUUGGUGGUUUUGAUGGUGAUGGGGAGAAGACUUCUGCUGCUAACAUAUAUGCGAUUGGGGAUGUGUUACAGGGUCGACCUGAACUGACCCCUGUAGCAAUAAAAGCUGGCAAACUUUUAGCAAAUCGGCUUUUUGAUGACUCCAAGCUACAGAUGGACUACGACAAGGUUGGGACAGCUGUGUUCACACCUCUGGAAUAUGGUUGUGUUGGAAUUUCAGAAGAAGCUGCAAUUCAUCGCUUUGGAGAAGAUAACAUUGAGGUUUACCAUUCCUUCUAUAAGCCUCUAGAGUACACCAUUCCAGAGAGAGAUGCUUCACAAUGUUUUAUCAAGGUAAUCUGUAUGCGUGAAGGGGCUGGCAAACUGGUCGGAAUCCACUAUUUAGGACCAAAUGCCGGAGAAGUGAUGCAAGGUUUUGUCACAGCUUUCAGGGCUGGUGCCUCCAUGAAUACUGUGAUGAGAACUGUUGGAAUCCACCCAACCUGUGCUGAAGAAUUGGUCAAGAUAAACAUCACCAAGAGGUCUGGUCUCAGUCCUUUGGUCACUGCCUGCUGAGGUUAAUUUGCUCCAAUUGGUCAUCACCCCCAGGCAACUCAUUAAUUGUUACAAUCACUUCUUUUAUACUCUUCUGAUUAUCUCUCAUUUACCUCAACUGUUUAGCUGCCCUUGUUGAUAACUCAGCAACAUGGUGCCUAGUUCUAUUGCUGACACAGCAGUGUGGGACCUGUCCCUGUUGCUAAUGACAAGAACAGUGUUGUCUCCAUACACAGAACUCACUUGUAUUCCUCCCCCACCCCACCGUCUCUGCUAUAUAUGACAAACUUUUGAAAUGUAUUUGGACUGACAGAAAUGGUAAAGAGCGCCAGGUUUAUAAAAAACCAACCAUAUAGUUUGUUCUGAAUUCAUAUCUUGCUUAAGUCGACAUCCCCUCCAGCAGCAUUCAGGUGGUACCAGUCAUAUGCUGGGAUUCAGUUCAAUCAACCAUAUGGCCUCUCUAUUUGAAAACCUGUCAGACCUGCCACCCCACCCCCUCUCACCUUACAUUCCAUCUUACUCUAAGAUACACUUGGAUCUCACCUGUGUGCUUCGUUAGUAGAAACCCACACAGUCUCCAGGUAAUUAUUGCAUCACUUCUCUAAUGAAGGUUUGAAUUAGUUACAGAGAGAGAUGGUCAAAUCUAAGUUUGUUUACUGGACUGUCAACCUGGUUAGAUGACGGUUGUUGACAAAUAUUGUCAUCAUGUCAUCACUGAACAUUCUUGUUGUCCUCCUUAGGAUUUGCCUUAAAAGCAAAUCAACCAGAUGACUUCUCUCUCACCCCCACCCCCCACCCCCUCUCUCUCUCUUUGUGCCUUGUAAAAACUUCCAAGGAACCAUCAUCACCAUCAUCAUCAUAAAUUAGUGAGGCCUGGAGCUGGGAGUAUGACCAUUGGAGCGUGGAUUAACUUGGACUUUUGUCCGUUUUUUUUUUUUUCUGAGGGCAGGGGUGGGGGGGUUAGCGGUCAGUUGAGUGAAGAAGAUUGUUACAUCUCAUUGCCUCUGCAUGUGUGUUAGGGUUAUGUUGUGUUUGUAUGUUUCAAUGUGUGUGUGUAUGUAUGUCUAACUAUCCAAACCAUGCCAACAUGGAUAUUGAAUGAUGAUAAUAUAUAUAUGAGAAUAUGUACUUAUGUGUGUGUUAUCAUUGUUGUAUGUUUUUUUAAUUGUUUCAUCCAGUUGGCUCUGGCCAUGCUGGAACAAUUUCAUCAAAAUAUGAUCAUAUAUAUAUAUAUAUAUAUAUAUAUAUAUAUUUGCAGUACAGUUUGAUGUUUGUAAUGAGUAGAGUUGAUCACCUGUUGAUGAAGCAUAUCAUAAUGUCCUCAUUGAUCUACCCAUCAUCCCUAGCAAAUGUCUCCCAUUCCUCAUCUUCCUGUUGUUAUGGUAACCAUCUCUAGCAUCUCCACUGUUAUUGCUGUUGUUGACAAUGACAUGCUUUCUUUUUCUUCCUCCCCCCUUUUCUUUUGCUAAUGACGAUUUGAAUCCUUAACCCAUCCACCUGGGUGGAUCAAAUCUGAUGAAUAUAUAACUGAAGAGGGUGUUCAACUGACCGACAAUCUCUGGGUACUUUGUGUUGUUCAAAUUAAUGUGCUUUACAAUCUGGAUGUAUUUUUUUAUGUUAUGUUUUGAAGAUUAUUUAUUUUCAUAUUUUGUAUUUAUUAAUAAAUUAAUCAUGUUUUAACAAGUGUCUUGUUUCAAUAUUAUACUCUUUUACAGCAUGUACCUAUUGGUGUUUUGUUGUUUGUUUUUUUAACCAGUAUUGUAUAUAUAGACUGAUGUAUAUACCUUGUCUUUGUAUUCAAUAUAUUUGUGAACUGAAGAACAAAGGAUGAGUUGUAUUGGUUUCACUCCUCUGUGACUGAAUACCUUGUUUAACUGUCCAUAUACAGACAUCUUAUAAUCACACAUAAAUAAAGGUUGAAGUAAAUUUGGGUCAGCCAGUUUGCUUAUGUGACACAUUCUUCCUAUGAAGGUGUUGUCUAUAAGACCCAGUUUUUACAUCUAUGUGUGUGUGUGUAUGAAUUUUCAGAUUCAUUUAAGUUGAUGAACCAUUCUGUUGUUACUCUGAGUUUCUUGUGUGUUUUUUUCUAUGGCAACUAAUUUGUUCUGGGAUUGUGUUUCGGAACUAAUACAAAAAUAAUAAACUUUUGCAUCAUGAUAGAAUAUUAUAAUUAUUAAAAAUAUAUUCUGUUUUAAAGGCAAAACACACUUCUGUAUAUAUAUAUACAUAUAUAUAUAUAUAUAUAUAUAUAUAUAUAUAUAUAUAUAUAUACAAACACUCACACCUUUUCAUGGAAGCAAGAACAACUGUCUACCUUCCAAAUGAUAUUUGUAAAUAUAUUGCAAUAUGUCAGGACAAUAUCAUGAAAUGUGAGUAUAUUGCCAGAUACAUGAUGACAUGCUGUGGAGGACUAUUGUAAAAUGCAUAUCUUCAGAUAUAACAUGAUGUAGUGUCAAGAACAAAAUCAUGAAAUGUAUGUAUUUUAUCAGACAAUUUACUGCUCUGUCAUGAACUAUACUGUGAAAUGUAUGCAUAUCAUUAUUUAUAAUAUGAUGAAAUAUUUAGAAUAAUAUUGUGAAAUGUGUGUAUAUUUUUGGAUAUAAAAUGAUAUGAUGUCAAGGACAGUAUCAUGAAAUGUGUGUAUAUUUUUGGUUUAACAUGAAAUCUAGCACAACAUCAUGAAGGAUGUGUAUAUUAUCAGACAUGACUAUAUGGUAUCCAGGACAAUGUCAUAGAAUGUGUAUAAAUUACAUACAUGAUUUAUGGUAGUGAGGACAUUGUCAUGAAAAUUGUGUUUAUCAGAUAUCGUAUGAUAUUGUAUCAAUGAAAAUAUGUAUAUUAUCAGGUAUUAUCUGAUAUCAAGGAUCAUGGUGAUAAAUGAUAGUAUAUUUUCAUACCCUGUUAAUAUUUACUGUAUUUAAAUUCAAUAAAAUUUCUGAAAAUUCCAA